AUGAGGCCCCAGGGGCCCGUCUUUGUGGGCGUGCCCCUCCUGGGGCCCAUCGUGAUCUGGAUGUUCACUCGGGAUCAGAUAUCCGGUUGGUGCCAGGAUGAACGGGAGCUGCCCUGGUGCCCGCCCCACAAACUCAUACUGCUUGUGUGGACAACCAUCUACCCUGUCGUGGGCUAUGCCUCGUACCUGGUGUGGAAGGACCUGGGAGGGGGCUUCGGGUGGCCCCUGGCACUUCCCCUGGGCCUCUACGCUCUGCAGCUCACCCUCAGCUGGACCGUCCUGACACUCUUCUUGGCAGCUGACAACCCCGGGCUGGCUCUCCUGGACCUCCUACUGCUCUACGGGAUGGUGGUAAGCACAGUGCUGGUCUGGCGGCCCAUCAACAAGCUGGCUGCCCUGCUCCUGCUGCCCUACCUGGCCUGGCUCACCGUCACCACCGCCAUCGCCUACCGCCUGUGGAGGGACAGCUUGUGUCCAGGGCACCAGCCGUGA